GUGAAAGACGCCCUCAAGCAGGCCGAAGCAGCGGUUAAGGCACAGGCCGACAAAAGGAGGGGGGAGCACAAACCCUUUCAGGUACAUCCUGUGUUUCACGCAAGCCUUCUGAAGCUAGCUCCUCAGGCCCCGUCGCACUCGGCGCCGGGACCGGUUACCGGGUCACAGUACGAAGUGCAGGAGGUGCUCGACUCUCGGACCCACCACGGAAAAGUACAAUACCUCAUCCGGUGGAAGGGAUACCCCCUCUCUGACGCCUCUGAACUUUGUUUAAAUUAUUCUUUGUCCUGUCCACCCAUUCAGUGUGUUUCCUGUAAUAAGUCAUUCAAGAAGCUUUGGUCCCUCCAUGAACAUAUCAAGAUUGUCCAUGGAUAUGCAGAGAAAAAAUUCUCCUGUGAGAUAUGUGAAAAGAAGUUCUACACCAUGGCUCACGUGCGAAAGCACAUGGUUGCACAUACUAAGGACAUGCCAUUUACAUGUGAAACCUGUGGAAAAUCUUUCAAACGCAGUAUGUCCUUAAAGGUUCAUUCACUACAGCAUUCAGGAGAGAAGCCUUUCCGAUGUGAGAACUGUGAUGAAAGGUUUCAGUACAAGUACCAACUUCGUUCCCACAUGAGCAUCCACAUUGGACACAAACAGUUUAUGUGCCAGUGGUGUGGUAAAGAUUUCAAUAUGAAACAGUACUUUGAUGAGCACAUGAAAACCCACACUGGAGAGAAGCCUUUUAUUUGUGAAAUCUGUGGCAAAAGUUUCACCAGUCGCCCGAACAUGAAGAGACACCGCAGAACUCACACAGGGGAGAAGCCAUAUCCGUGUGAUGUGUGUGGCCAGCGAUUCCGUUUCUCCAAUAUGCUUAAGGCACACAAGGAGAAGUGCUUCCGUGUUACUAGUCCUGUUAACGUGCCACCUUCUGCCCAGAUCUCACUUGCCACAACAUCUUCUGCCACCACUGUACCUUCUGUUGUGAACACACCGAAUGUACUUGCCCCUACUCCGGCAAUCAGUAUGAAUCCAGCAAACACACUUCCUCCUCGCCCCAUUGGCCAUCCGUAUUCUCAUCUACAUCUUCAUUCACACCAUCCACACCAUCUUACAGUCCCUGUCCCCCCAGUCCUUCAUUUGCCUCCACCUCCUGCUCUAUUUAAGAGUGAGCAUUUAAAUCAUAGGGGCCAAGGUGAGGACAGUUUUCUGCAACACCUAGCAGAAAAGAACAGUUCAGUGCAACACCACUAACUGCUUUGUCUUCUGCCUGCCAUUCUCCUGGUCUUAACCUGGAAUUGUGCUGCCCCCUAAGAAAAGGUACCAUUGUGACCCCAAGUGAAUUUGUAUUAAACGUGGUUGCUCGGCAAAGUGAUCAUCCAACCUAGGGGAGACAAUAGAACAGAUGCCCAAUUUGGCUUGCAUGUUUUACUGUUGGCUUUUAUAAAUUUCAACUUUUAUAAAUUUCAAAAGGACCGAGAAGUGGAUUUUUUAUAUAAUUUCAUAUGAGCUAAUGAGGUAUGCUUGCUUUUCUGUCCUGGAUUUUCUCCUCAGAUUGUGGGGUCUGGUUUCCUUUGUAUUAAUAAGACUGUGAAACUAAAUCCCAGAGCAUUAAUGAUCACUGUGUAUUUCUUUUCAGCUCUGUAUGUGUGUGUGAGCAUACACGUGUGCACGUUUGUGUGAGUGUGGGUGUGUGUGCUUGUUAUGGAGUGAGCCAGGCACAUGAUUGCAGAAUAUCUAGCAUUAUAGCAAAAUCAACAGUAAACAAAAUUUAAUCUCAGUUGUUCUAACACACUCUUUAAUAUAAAAAUUAUUUUAGAGUUUUUGUAUAGACCUAUUUAGUUGCCUGUUUCUAAAAUGAAAUGUAUUUCAAAUAAGCAAUGUAAGGUUUUUUUCAGUGUAGCUGGACCUAUGUUGUUACAAUAGAUAAUUUUUAUAAUCAUUCAAAUGUGAUUCUUUAAGAAAAAAAAGAUGCAGAUAGCUUCUAUAGUAAAAAUUAUUCUUACAUCUGUACUGCUCUAAAAAGGUGCUUUGAAGUGUAAGGGAAGAAGCCCCAAGAAGCCUCUUGUAAAGCUGUCUCAGAAGUGGAGAUAAUUUCAGAACUUUAUAUUAUUUAUUAAGUGGAGGGGGAUUUUUACUGUGACACAUAUCUUCUUUCCAUGUCACUUGAGGGUGAUUAGAUAAGGACAUUGGACUACUGUAUGCCCACAGUUUUCAGUUCUGUUGCACUGAAGCAUGAAGCAUUUCAGAAAGUAUAUUCUCUCAGAUAGAGGGAAAAUUAUGUAUGAGGGACAGUCUCAACUAAGUAUGGUAUUUUCAAACAUAGUUUAUGCUACCUUAUCAUGGACAUACCUUAGAACCUAGUUUAUUAUAGAGACGUGUAUAAGGUAUGAGUUAAUUUGGGACUGAUUUGAUGAUGCUUGUUUUUUUCUUAAGUUUGGUAGGUGUUAAGAAAACUGCAAAUUUGGUGCAGUUUAGUUGGAUUUAUAAAACUUAAACCUGAAUUAGGCAAACUGGUGCGAAAGCCAUUGUCAUGUUGACUGAAAAAAUGUUUAUCAUGGAGUAUAUGCAUACAUUCAAGUUGUGUUAAGGACAGAUAGUACUGAUUAUAGAGGAUUAUGUCUUUCAGGUUUGACUUCAUGUUCCACAGAUAAAUGGAAAAGAAAUGUUGAAUGUUAAGCAAGUUGGUAGUUGUGUUUCUCUCAGUCUCCAAUGGCACUGAGUUGUGGCAAACUAGUUUGAAAAAAGGGAAUUGUGGUAAUUAACUUUGGAUAAAGUACAGCCCCAUUUAAGGAUCCACUUAGCACUUUAAGGAGAAGGCACAGAGAUUGCCUGGAGUCUAAAUUUCCCUAAGUUUAAUUUUCUCACUCAACAACCAUCAUGCCGAUUCCUAGGGUAUUGUUCUAUUUUUGAAAAUUAGGCUUUAAAUCUAAUUUAGAAAGGGGUAAUAUCUUGGAUGAAAUGGAAAGCUCUGCAUUCCCUGAAGCUGAUGAUAGUUGACUUUUUGGUAUCUAUUCGUAUUUGACUGAAAACCUCUUUAACACCUUUUUUUCUGAAAAAAAGUAUUUUUAAAAUGUUGUGAUAACACUUAUUUGUUCCUUCUCCUUUUAUAAGCAGUAGAGCUAACUAUAAAAAUAAUAUUUAACAGUUUACCAUCAUCUACUAUCUUGAUUGGUUUUAUACAUUUCAUGUCAUGUUGCAAAAUUGCAGUUCUGUAUAGAAUGCCACAGGCCAACAGUGUGCCCUGUAAAAUCUGCUUUUCCAAAUUGAAAGGAAAAAAUCACUCCUGGUAAAUCAAUUGUAAUCCAAUUCUGCAAAAAGCAUUUUUUCCAAUAAAUUUACAGUAUUUGGAUGAUAUUUAUGAAUCCUACUUGAGAUGAGUGUAUUUCUGUGCUCUCUGUUCUAAAGAUUAAUGUUGCUUAUUUCAGAUAUGUGUUCUAGAUAGAAUGGGUAAAGGGAACUAGCAAAAUGGGUCAAGUGCCAUGGGACUUUCUUCAUUCCUACAUGGCUGAAUUUGCAUCUCUCCUAUUAUAAUAGUUAAGGCUUCUUUUUUGAGCUAUUUUGGUUCAAUGCAAUGGCAUCCCUGUAUACAGAUAAAAAUAAAGAUCUACAAUUUUGUCCUUGAGAAGUGCUCUAGAAUACUUUUGGCCAC